AUGCCGACCCUUGCGUUGAUCAACUUCAACAUUGUCUGCGCCACGUUGGGUGGGUUUAUCUCGGUCUUUGGCUUAGUUUCCUACUUGUUCAAGGAGAGAUUUUAUUUGUCUGAAGCAUUAAUCUCAUUAUUGGCUGGGAUUAUCUUCUCUCCACAUGCAGCCAAUUUUAUAAGACCUAAGGAAUAUGCGCUCGGCUCAGAACAAAAUCUGGAGGAGAUUACAAUGUACUUCACCAGACUAGUUCUUGGGGUUCAGUUGGUACUUGCCGGGGUCCAACUUCCUAAACGCUACCUGCAACUAGAAUGGAAAAGCCUAUCAUUACUGCUGGGGCCUGGCAUGGCUGCCAUGUGGCUAUGUAGCAGUCUUGUCAUUUGGGCCAUGAUCCCUAACUUUCAGUUUCUACACGCUCUCAUAAUUGGCGCAUGUGUAACUCCAACUGACCCGGUACUUUCCAACUCAAUUGUAAAAGGUAAGUUCGCGGACAAGAAUGUCCCUCGGCCACUUCAAAGGAUCAUUGUUGCUGAAUCAGGGGCCAAUGAUGGCCUUGGAUAUCCUUUUCUAUUUUUUGCUAUGUAUCUGCUCAAAUACACGGGCAUGGGAGGCGCCGGGUAUAGCGGAGGCGCCGGGAAAGCCAUGGGACUGUGGUUCUACGAAACCUGGGCUUACACAGUGAUAUUAAGCGUUGUAUAUGGGAUCACUGUCGGCUGGGUUUCUAGAGAAUUGCUUCACUGGGCAGAAGAGAAGCGCUAUGUCGACCGCGAGAGUUUCCUCGUCUUUGCUAUCGCCCUUGCAUAUAUCGGCCAAAUCGAGCACCUUCUUCAAGCAGCCUUCGUUGGAUUUUUCGGUCCCAUUGGCGUCGGUGCCAUCUUCUAUCUAUCGGUCUGCCGAGAGUUCUUACAAGGUAUCAUCGUUGAUGGCAAAGUCCGUGAUGAUGCACAGAAGGUUUCCGAGGCUGUUGAUGUUGUCGUCUGGUUCUUAGUCAUCUGCAGCAUUGUUGUGCAUGGUCUUUCUAUACCGUUGGUGAAAGCGGGGUAUCAUCUGCCGCGGACCAUUUCCCACGCACUCAGUGUUGGUUCCACGCCCGAGGCAGAGCCGGUGCCGAUCGCGAAUGUACAGCAUACCCACAGCACUGCAACACAAGACAACAGUCAAGGACGUAAACGGCCCGGCGCACCUCGGUCUACGACGUUGCAGAUAGGCCGACCCGUAAACUUGGUAAUGCAAGAACCUGGCAAUGAGGCUACCUCAGGCGGCAAUACGCUGGGAGGUACGGAGUAG